UUGAAUGGUCUGCUAUAUUGUCAAUUAUGUGUUUAAACUACCAUCCGCUUGUUACGUUGUUCUUGUAUACGGAAUUUUUUUUGUAAAACAAACACAAGUAUAUACAUAUAACUUAUUUAUAUGUGAACGUUUAUAUAGUUGCUAACUCGCUGGUAUGCUUUUGUGUUUAAAUAUAAUACUACUGUCCCUAUAGAAUUUUGAAAGGAGGAUUAGUUGCGCCUGCGCGUUAGUAGUUGUUUUGGCGGGUUUGGUACUACGCAAAGAAAAGAGGACUCUGGGGUUUGGAGCUAUUAGUCGGUUGAGGUGAACUGGAGUGAUUUUCCUCCCAUUUUUAGGACCACAAACUGAAGUGCCAAGUGGAGGCUCACCUAGACGUUUCUCCAACAAUGGGAAAGAAAAGCAAGAAACUGAUGGAAGAAGAGUCUUCAUCUUCUUCAGAGGAAGAGGAAUAUGUUGUGGAAAAGGUUUUGGAUAGAAGAGUUGUGAAAGGUCAAGUGGAAUUUCUCCUCAAGUGGAAGGGAUUCUCUGAAGAACACAACACGUGGGAGCCAGAGAAAAACUUGGACUGUCCCGAACUGAUAUCUGAGUUUAUGAAGAGGGGGAAAAAGAAUAAGGAAAAUGAUGGAAGAUGCAAAGAAUCUACAAAGAGAAAAGGAAUCCCAACAAAUGGAAGUGAGGAAAGCAAGUCUAAGAAAAGGAAAGAGGUAAAUGACAUUGCACGUGGAUUUGAAAGGGGAUUAGAGCCAGAAAAGAUAAUUGGUGCUACAGACUCCUGUGGUGAUCUGAUGUUCCUGAUGAAGUGGAAAGAUUCGGAUGAGGCUGAUCUUGUUUUGGCAAAGGAGGCGAACGUUAAGUGUCCCCAGAUUGUUAUAGCAUUUUAUGAGGAAAGACUGACAUGGCAUGCAUACCCAGAAGACACAGAAAAUAAAGAGAAAGAAGGAGUGAAAAGUUAAAAGGCAGAUCUCAAGACCCUGACCUCAAGUUCUUGGAUUAAGACCGAAAUCUUGUCUUUGCCUGUUACUGUGUCUUCUACAAGAGAAACAUUAACUUGGUUCUCCAGAUUGAAGAAUGAGGGUUUGACUUGUCCUUUUCCCCUAAUCCUGUUCUAACGUUUAAGGUGGAACAUUAAUAUUUUUUAUUUUAGAGUUAAAAAUGUGUUUUUAAAUCAUGUUUAUAAAACUGCAGUAUCCUUUUUUCCAACAGCAUUCUCUGUUAAAAAAAAAAAAAAAAAAAAAAAAAAAAAAGCCAUUUAAACCUGGUAGUAACUUUUUGGCACUUUAAACAACCAGAAAGUGUGUUGCCAUUCCCACUAUUCUAUUCAAAUAGAGGCUGAAUUCCAGCCUGGGAGCCCAGGCUUUGUGGCUGGCUGAUAAAAUAGGCAGGUAAAUUUGGUAGUUGCUUGUUGGAGAGAGAUUCAUGUUUUCUCCCGUUGUACAUUGUUGUAGGACACAAGUUCAUGUGGACAUUUUCCCCCAUUAUCAUGUUGUCAGAUUAUUCUCUGUAUGUAUCGUACAUUGUUAUUCUGAUGUGUUAAAAAUGCACUCCCUACAAAUGAGUAAGGCUUUCAAAAGGAGCCCCAAGACAGUUUAAAUAGCUGUUGAAGGCUUUUUACAUGUAAGGUACUGUGGCAAGUGGUGUGUUUAUUGGAGCCUUACUAAGAGUAGAGUGUGUGCAUCUGUUAAAGCAGGGUAUGAAAUGAGUUGUUGAUCUAGCAAAUUUGCUGCCACCAAAUAUAUUUUUGUUAAAAAAUGUAUAAAUAAAUGCAUUGCUGUCAGAAAUGGACAUAAAAUCCUAUUUUACGGCCAGGAUCCUUCUGCAGAAAAACGUAAUUAUGGAUGGACUUUGGACACUUUCAUAACUGAUGAUUACAGUAACUAGUUCUGGUCAACAGAUGGUAUUCACAGGCUGAGCUGAAUAUGCUACCAAAAUGCAUGCCUACUAGUUGUCUACUGCAGCAGAAACAUUUUCUGCCUUGGACAGGUGAUAUGGAUUUUUUUCAUAAGGUGACCAGUCCUAAUUGGAAGUUUGCAUAUUGAAGUUCUGUUGAGCUGCUGUCCUGUUUUUGUGAAUGAUAAAUUUUUCUUAGCACAAGAAUAACAGCAGGACUGCAUAUCCAGACAACCCAAACUGAUUGAGCCAUGUCUCACUGAGAGCAGUCUACUUUCCAUUUUUAUGUUGUGGAAACGCUUGAUUACUUCUCAGGUGGUGUGACGAGCACAAUACAUUACCAUAGCAGAAAAAUCAGUAAAGCAGUCUCAUUCCAGAUCAAAUCCCAGCAAGAAGUGGGUGGAGUUAGUCACAGGGACUAAAAUGCUUUUGCUUUGAUGGUUAUCAACAACAUAAUACAGUAUUUUUAAAACAGAACCUGUAGUCAGUAGUACUGCUGUAUUAGCUGUGCCAGAGUACUGUUCAUUUUGGCCUGUUUAUAUUUCACUCUUGUGCACUUUAGUGAAUUUGCUGCAAAGAGUUGUUGAGAUGGUGGCAUAGGAAGACAGGUAUGUUCACAGUACGUCAUUUACGUAAAAAGCUGUAAAAAACAAUAAACAGCCAACUUGACUUACUGUGAGAACAGAGUACACUUGCCCUGUGCAACUUGGAGGUCAUGCAGGGAUGAUGCCUCCAGAAAAUGACAUCCGUCUCAUUUUUGUCCUGCUUCCCUCCUAUGGGAGUAGUAGCAAAGUUAUUUGGGGGGAGGGGGGCAGUUAAUUUUGCAGACUAGGUAUGUCAGUCUUUUGUAGCACUCUGUAGAUGGUGAUAUCUUAAGUGAUGGAGGGCAGACUUGUCUUUUUUUAUACUUGCCUGCUUUCCAUGAUUAGUUGUAGAUUUUAGCCACUCGUGUAUUUUAUUUGAAGAUAUAAAAUGUUUUAUACAAAAGGAUUUUCAGGACAAGUCAUUUAUGUCCCAUGCACUUGUAUUUAACAGUGUUGUACAGACUGUUUUACCAACUGAUGUGUUAUGUUCAUUUUCCUCACAGCAAAUUACUCAUUUUACAAGCUUUGACAUUGUGGUCGAUAUAUAACUAAAUGUCGUAUCCCACACUGUUUUCAGUUUUGAGCUCCAGACAUUUAUGCUUGAGUUGAAUCGUAAAUAUCUUGUGUGUGAUGAUCAUUUAUAUGGUUCUUCACCAUUUUGGCUUCAUUUGACUUCAUAUAUAUACAAAGGAGAGACACGUGAAUGGUUUCUUAGCCUUAGAUCGCAGCUGGGCCAGAAAUUAUUACAAGUAAAAAAAGAUACAAGUUUAUUCGUUAGAUUCUUUUGGGCUUGUGUAAUAUUGGAGUCUUCCAUUACUCUUCCUGUUUGAGGAUCACACACUCCAUUCUUUCCUACCUUCUAACCUUUUAGUUUAUUCUUUUUGCACACAAAGCAGCCAAUAAGGUUCUAAAAUGUCUGAUUUUUAUAAUUAUCAAGUUGUUGAGCAUGUUCUGUCUUCAAAAAAUUUCCAAGUAUUGUCUUUUGCAUCUGCUUCCUUGACUUUCAAAAUUGUGUAGUAUCAUACUGUUACAUGUUGACAAUUGUGUUUGAAUUGUUGAGUUGUGCAGUUUAGAGUGUGUACAAGAGUUAUGCAUCAAAUUUUAAAUCUGCUUAUUGACUGGAACACACAACUUUGUGCCACAUUUCACACUAAUAUACAUUUUUAGCUAGAAAUGAGUAGCCGAACUGGUUUCUUGAGUAAAUCUAUUUGCAUAUUUUAUAAUGCAGAAGAAUACAACACUACUGUAUAUGACUAGGAAAUUCAAUGCACAAAUUUGACACAUGGAGCUGACUUUUUUAUGUAUAAAGGAAAAUUUAUACUUUGUUUA